AAGAAGCCCCCCCCCCAAACAGAAGCGGAGGAGCUGCGCAUGAGCGUUGUGCAACAUGGAGGUGUCGGUGAGCGCUUUGGGCCGCAGAGGUUCUACCUGCGUGUUUCCGGUCGGUUCUGUGGUCAGGCACGUCCUGGACCGGCUCGUGCCGCUUCCGGAGGAUUUCUACGUCACCAGAGAUGGGCGCCGGGCACACCUGGACGAUCCUCUGGAGCAUGGAGCCGUCUAUCAUCUGGAGCUCCGCCUCGUUGGAGGGAAAGGAGGGUUCGGCUCGAUGCUGCGCGCGCUCGGCGCUCAGAUUGAAAAGACGACCAAUCGAGAGGCCUGCAGGGACCUCAGUGGGCGGAGACUAAGAGACGUCAACCAUGAGAAAGAGAUGGCAGACUGGCUGAAGAAGCAAGCGGAGCGCGAGGCAGAGAAGGAGCAGCGGCGUCUGGAGCGCUUGCAGAGGAAGCUCAAUGAGCCCAAACACCAGUUCACUGACGCAGAGUACCAGCAGCAGUGCCACGACCUGUCCGAGCGACUUGAGGACUCGGUGCUCAAAGGUCUGCAGGCUUCCUCCAGCAGCCAGGUGAAGGUGGACGACAUGUGCGGCGCCAAGAGGCUGAACUCUGAUCAGAGCGAGCAGCCUGCGAAGAAGAAGACGAAGACGGCAGGAGGAGGAGGAGGAGGGUGCUUCUGGACGGGGCUGGAGGAGAUGGACGAGCUGAUGAGCUCAGAUGAUGACGAAGCUCCAUCCACAUCCAGCUGUGAAACUGCUGCUGCCAUUGCUACCAUGACAACACGAAGAGAGGCGGCAGAGUCUGAGGAGGGUAGCAGUGGAAGCACCAGAACCGCACAGAUCCCCAAGGAGACCUCCAGAGACCAGACUGGGACACCAUCAGAGGACCGGGAACCUGAGGAAACCUCCAGGGACCAGACUGAGACACCGUCAGAGGACAGGGACCCUGAGGAAACCUCCAGGGACCAGACUGAGAUGCGCUCAGAGGACCGGGACCCUGAGGAAACCUCCAGGGACCAGACUGAGAUGCGCUCAGUGGACCGGGACCCUGAGGAAACCUCCAGGGACCAGACUGAGAUGCGCUCAGAGGACCAGCUGGAUUUGCUCUCGGCGUCGUCUGUCAAGCAGCUGGAGUCUCUGGGUUUGGACGUCUUGAAAAAAGAACUGAUGUCUCGUGGGUUGAAGUGUGGGGGAACGCUGUCGGAGCGUGCUGCCCGACUCUUUGCCAUCAGAGGACUGAGCGCAGAUCAGAUCGACCCGCUGCUGCUCGCCAAACCAACAAAGCCCAAGAAGAAGAAAUGAGGUGGAACGCUGAAAGCAGAGUGUUCAGCGUUCCUCUGAGUGCGAGAAUAUUAAUCACGGAGGAUAUUUAGACUCUUUCCUGAUGUGAAAUGAGCUUUCUGAUUGGUUCAGACAAUCACAUGUAUAUUUUAUUAGAGGCUCUGUCCAGUCAGAAAGCAGGAUGUUGACACACAUCUGUGUUUCAGUUUGAAUUUAACCACUUCCUGUUCAGCUUUCAAUAAACGUCUGAAACUAAACAUCAGGUGUCCGUCUGUGUCUGACAGUCUGUGAUAGAAGUGCUGCGCUGCAGUGCAUGA